UUGUCCAUUGAAUUACCAUUAAUUAUACCAUAAGCAAAUCAAGUCACGCCUGAAUUAUAUAACCCCAAUUCAAGCAUAUUGAACUCAAAUUCAUGGCCACCUGUAUAAAAACCACGGUUUACUUGCACACUAAAAUUUAAGUGUCUAAAUCAAGUUUUGAUUUGGAGGUUAUUCUUAUUCUGAAGCAGCUCCACAUGUGCGCCUUGUUAAUGUUGAUAAGCACAAUUUUAUUUACAAACAGAUGCUCUCAAUCAGGUGAGCCCCUUUCUCGUCAAUUAAAUUCAAGUGUUUUUGGCGAAGGAAGGUUAUUCCCAACCAAAGUUGCAGAUUUAUCAAAGCUCAAGAUCGUGAUCAUUCCGGAUUUACAAGUAUGUUGAUUGACCUCCAGGAGGCUAAUAAAAAUAAUGAAGAGCGCUUUUGCAAAGUUUUGAGAAACUUUUCUAACAUCAGAUAAAAAGGCAGUUUGCUCUUUGCAGAAUUAACUUGCGAACAAACCGCAACAAUGAGCAGCCGCGUCGCUCCGACGAGAGCAAAUUCCCUUGUGGAGUCACGCAUCGAGCAAAAAGCCGUGGGCGGAUCAUUAUCUUUUUUAUCGCAUCCACAGGAGGAGAUCGACAAAGUAGAAUUUUGAAUGGCAGGGAUCCGGAAAAUUAUAUGGUCACUUAGAAGUUAGUGAAAGGUCCUUUGUCCUUUAAAUUAAGCAGUGUUAACCAAUAAUUUAAUUUGAUACAUAAUUAUAUCAUUCUAACAAUACAGUAAAUUUAUACGUAUACGCACGCAAUAUUUUUAAGACUUGCAACCUGAAAUCUUUACAGUUACAUUAUAACAAAAUGUAUAUAAUUAUGUUGUCACAGUAUGUUUAUCAAAGAUGAUGUGUGCCUUUUAUUGGGAGAUUAUAUUAUAUAAAAUUAAAAUUGGCUACCAGCAUAUAAAAUGAAGCUGAAAUUCCGAGGGUUUCAUUAUUUGGUGACAUUUGGCGCUAAACAGGUAAUUCUACUUCUGCUCAAAAACAAAUUCACAAAAUUAGCAUGAAGAUUUCUCCGAAGGCAAUUUUUGGCGAAGGGUCGCAGCGAAAUUAAAUCUGACUAUCUUUUUUAAUUCGGCCGAGCGUUUCAAUUAGACGGUGGAAGGCGUCCAAUGGGUGAGCGCGGCCCUGAGCGGGCGCAGUUGCGCGCCGCAGACCCUUCAGUGAGCACCAACAGGUCGGCGCGCACAGUACCUGCCGGGCUGCUGCUCACUCGUGUCACUCGAACGCGUCCUUCUGUUGCGCGCCCCGACUGACGAUCCAGACUUACUUCAAGUGUCUCCACUUUGGCUGUCAACACCAGCGUGCUCGGCUCUCAGGACCUGGAAAAAGAUGUGACGAGGGAGGUAUGGAGGAGGCCUAGGCCACCACCAUGGACCUGAACAACGACACCAGCAGUGGCGUGGUGGUGGACGCGACGCCAACGCGCGACGAGCAGUUGGCGCGCGUCGAGAUCGCCACGCUGGCGUUCAUCUUUGCCGUCACGGUGGUGGGCAAUUCGCUGAUCCUGGCGGCCAUCCUCUUCCGCCGGGCCAAGAUCUCGCGCAUGUACUUCUACAUCAUGCACCUGAGCAUCGCCGACCUGGUCACCGCCUUCUUCAACGUCCUGCCGCAGCUGGCCUGGGAACUGACCUACCGCUUCCGCGGGGGCAACGCUCUCUGCAAGGCGGUCAAGUUCGGGCAGAUCCUGGGUCCGUACCUGAGCUCCUUCGUCCUGGUGCUGACGGCCAUCGACCGCUAUUACGCCAUCUGUCUGCCCCUCUCGUACUUCACGUGGCCCGUGCGCCGCGCACGCGCACUAGUCACCAUGGCGUGGCUGUUGGCGCUUGCGUGCUGCGCACCCCAGGCCCUCAUUUUCUCCUACCAGCCCGUCACCCCUGACGGCCUGACCUUCGACUGCUGGGGCACCUUUCCGGAGGGGUGGGGGGAGCGUGCCUACGUCACCUGGUACAGCGCCUCCGUCUUCCUGGCGCCCCUUCUGGUGCUCAUCUUCACCUACACCGGCAUCUGCCAGGCCAUCUGGCGCAACUACAACGCCAAGAAGGACAGCAUCGCCGGCCUCCCCCCGCCCAAGGACGUCCGCAACGGCCCUCUGCAGCCCCGCGUGCACUCCAUCCGAGGAAUCUCCCGUGCCAAACUGAAAACGGUCAAGCUCACGGUGGUGGUCAUCAUGUGCUACGUCGUCUGCUCGUCGCCGUUCAUCAGUGCUCAGUUGUGGGCCACCUGGGACCCUGACGCAAUCCACUCACCCUUCUGGUCAGGUCCAACCUUCACAAUCCUCACGCUGCUGGCCAGUCUGAACAGCUGCGUCAACCCGUGGGUCUAUUUGAUCUUCAACCCUGACCUGGCCGUGCUGGUCAAGCAGCAGCUGCUGUGCCAGCGGCGGCCGCACCCCGUCCGGCGGCCAGUCAUCGGGGGCGGAAGCAACUCGUCCGAGUCGCAGGGCGGAGGCAGCAGCCUCCGCAGCCGCUCCCGCUACACAGCCCACUACCCCCUGCUGCCGCCCCCAAGGUUGGCGGUGCACAAGUCCUUCAGCGACCCGGCCGUCGGCCUCAGUCAGGCGGCCUCCGUCGUCAUGAUCGCCACCUCCGGCAAACCGGUGGAUUUUGUUUGAAGCAUCGACGGGCUUAAGAGGGACCACAAAGGACACCGGGGUCAGGGUACUUAAUUUAAUGUAGGUCAGUGAUGAGAUCAGGUCACAGGAUAAUUAUAUUAUUUUUUGAACAAAAAAAGACGUGAAUCGUUGUUGAAUCGGCGGUCGCUGUGAGCGAGUUUUUAAAACUGCGUUUUAAUUUAUUUAGUUUAAUUUAAUUGUUUUCUAUUUAAGGUUUUUUUUUAAAAUGAAAAACAAAAAAGGCACAAUUUUCAUUAAGAACUUUUAUUGAUAAGCACCAGAUAACUGAAAUAUACCUUUAGGCGGUAUUUUGUGUGAGGAGCGACUUGUCACUUGAGGAAGCUUCUGAUUUUUAACGUUCUUUUAUAUACUUAAAAAUUCAUGAAAACGCCAGACAUGCAAUCACUUCUUAUCACUUUGAAUGACCAAAACAGCGCGUUUAAAGUUUAAAAUAACUUGGUUAUAUUUCAGUUAAGCCCAGAAAAAUUUACUAAAAACAUAAUUUAUUUCACUUAAUUCAAAUUUUUUGGAAAUUUUUUUAUUUAAGAAUUUUUAUCUUGUUGUAAAGAAACGAACGCGUACUGUGUAAAUUAUUUAAUUAAUUGCGUUCAGCAUGUGCAAGAAAACUUUGGAACAAGCUCUCUGCUCUGAGCGAUGAAAGUUAAUGUAGGGCUCACACAUGUAAUUAGGAGCAAUUACAAAGUGACGUUUUUUGCUUGCGACGGCAAAAUUAUUCCAGAUAAUUUAUUUAAAUGCGAGCCAACGCUGACCGACCCCGCAGGUUUUGAAAGGUGACUUGUUCAGAUAACAAAACAUGCAAAUUGAGGAAAGGCUUGAAAAAAAGACAGCGUUUUUAAUAACAUUUUUUUUUUCAUUUCGUAUUUGAAAUGGUGUCAAACUCAUUUGAGUGUUUAGUAAUUUUUUUUUUGACGGCUCAAUUUAUUUUAGACGGCGCUUUUUUACGGCGUUAAAAUGUACAUAAGGGGGCUAAUUACUCAACUGUAAUUGUCUAAUUGUAUAUUUGUAGAGCAGCAAAGGCCUGACCAGCACUAUUUUCUCCCCCUUGGGCGUUCGUUUGAAAUAAUAACUGUAAUUAUUAUUAUUUUUUUUUUAAUAAUAUAAACCGUGUGAAAAUCAAAGAAAAAAAAUCACGCGAUCAUUGUUUAUCACCGAUGUUGUUUCAACCAAAGAUCUCAAUGACUGAAUAUGUUUUAAGUAAAAUAUUGGGACCGAUAUAAUAUUUUUCAAUAAUCUGCAGGCUGGGUUGUGAACUUUUGAUUAAUCAAUAAUUAAUAAUAAUUAAUCAAUAAUAUGGUUCCCUACGUAUUGUCAUUCACAUAUUAGUCUUUAAUGGAAAAUAAAGGUUUUGCAGGUCUGUUGUGUAUUUAAAUUAUACAUCAUCUGUAUUCCAUAAAUAAAUUAUAUGAUAAUUGCCCUCGGCAUUUGACUGGUAAUUGUUGCAUAAAUUUACAAUGGAUACCUGCAUUCUCUGCGUGUGCGUCAAUUUGCUCAAAGUGUGAACCAUUAAUAAAAAAAAUAAUACUGUAUAUUCGCAUUGGCACAACACACGCGUGUUUGAACGUCACAAGUCGUGAUUGAGGUGUUGUCAUGAAGAGUGGCACAUCAAGGUAUCGCUCACUAAUGGAUGAUUCUUGUUUGCAAAUUGAGAUAAAUUUGAUUUAUAUGUAUAGUCAUCAUUAAAAAAUUGUUCUGCAUUUCUAGACUAAAAAUCAAAAGAUUUGUGAUUAUUAAGCUUGAGGUGGUUGCCUACGUUUUUACUUUAUGUAUACAAAUAUUUGAAUUUGGCCGAUUGUGUUUCAAAGGCAUUAAAUUGGUCAUCAAUUUUAAUAAUAAAAAAGUGUGCUCCAGUGUGCUCUACACAAACUGUAGCUAUUUUUGUUUGAUGUUAAUCAUAAGAGAUGAAAAUAAUGAAUCAGAAAUCAUUUCAAUUUACUCGAUCGUGCUGAAUGUGAUAAAAAUUCAAAAUCUUGAUUGUUGAUUUAAGCAAAAAAUAAAAAUUUUGUGUAAAGAAAAAUGCUUAUUUUUUUCCUUUCUUGGUUUUUUAAAUCAGAUUUGAGAAAAAAUAAUAUCUGAGUAAAACCACUGGGGAAAAAACCCU